AUGCAACAGGCAAAAGCUACAACAAAGGCUCACAAAAAAAUAGUUCUCUUUUUCUUACUUACCAGGACAUGCAACGCAAGAGAUAAAGUUCUUAUUCUUUUCUUCCGCCAUGUACCAAACUUAGAAUCCGUUUCUUUCCUUCUUCUCCCCUCUUUGCACCAUCACUACAAAACCACACACUCCAACGUAGUUCGUUUCUCAAACGCAUCGUCAUUCAUUCAUUCAUCAGUCAUCUCCAGCAUCACACAAGCCAAAAUGCACCACAACGACCACAUACCCGUUCACCACGCCCGUGCUUCCAACCCUAAACCCUUGAAACUGAAUCGGCACCACACUGUCCGCUACUACGUCCAUCGGGUCCACGAAAGCCUCACAACGCGGGUCUCCAAGAUGAUCUGCGCCACCUUCUUGGGCCUCCUUUUCAUAGUGGGCCUCAUCACCUUCAUCCUCUGGCUCAGUCUCCGGCCCCACAGGCCCAGAUUCCACAUCCACGAGUUCAACAUACCGGGCCUGACCCAAAACUCCGGCUUCGAAAACGCCGUCAUAACGUUUAAAGUAUCCGCGCGAAACUCCAACCAGAACAUCGGGAUUUACUACGAGUCCAUGGGCGGAGCGGUUUUUUACCGUGACCAGAAAAUCGGGUACACGCCGUUACUCUAUCCGUUUUAUCAAGAGCCGAAGAACACGACGGAGGUGGACGGUGAACUUAGUGGGGCGACGUUGACCGUUAGUAGUCAACGGUGGUCGGAGUUCCAGAGCGAUAGGGCUGACGGUAGCGUGGUGUUCCGCUUGGAAUUGACUUCUGUGAUUAGAUUCAAGAUUUCCACGUGGGACAGCAAGCGCCACACGAUGCACGCCAACUGCGAUGUGGGCGUGGGACCCGAUGGUUCCCUCUUGACGAAUUACAAGGACAAGAGGUGCUCCGUUUAUUUCUCUUGA